CCUUGGUUUGACAUUUUUGUCAGAGAAACUUGCUAUUCGAAAAUCGAUUAAGAAAAUGUAGGUAAAUUCAUCUUUUUAAAUGAGAAAAAAUGACGAAGAAGAGGUCGAAAAUGCGGAGGUGGGUGACAAGGGAGACAAGAUAAAAGAACUAGAUGAAAUCACUUCCAUGUGUAAUCAUGCAAUUUUAGAACGAAUUGAUAAAAUUUCCGCUGAAGACCAUGGAACUCAGCCAUCUACUUCUGGUACGGUUGACUCCAUUCCAACGAGCAAUACCUCGGAAGAAAUCGCAUUCAUUUCAUCUGCAAUCCUGACCCCAAAGUCCACAUCAAGAUGUGAAAUAUAUAAAGUACUACACUCUGUAACACAAACAGACAACGAGCUACCGGAAAUUCCAAGUUCAACACCACCACCUACGUACUACCGAACACCCCCAACAUAUUCUGCAGUGAUGAGGAUGGGUCCUAGAGACCACAAGAAAAUCCUAGAUAUGGACUCUUCCAAAAUAUUCGCCAGAGUACCGCCGCCAUCUUAUGCGGAAGUUGAAGGAAUCUGGUCCGACUUACCAAGGCAAAAUUCGUCGGAAGAAGUGCUAUUUGGACCGGAUCCUGUAUAUAUGGUGUGUCCACAUUGUUCAGCAAUCGUCGUCACAGAAACGUAUACACAAAGAUCAACUGCAACACAUCUUACAGCUCUUGUCCUUUGUCUUUUUGGAUGUUGGCCGUGCUGUCUACUGCCAUAUUUCAUGGACUCCUGCAAGAACACUUAUCAUCACUGUCCAGUCUGCAAUUAUUUUUUUGGAUCGUAUCACCCUUGGUAGAAAUAAAUUACUACAAAAUUA